CGGAUGAUUAUUAAUAUUUAAAAUAAUGACUAAUAAGGAAGGUAUUUAUCUAAUUCGACCGUGACAGCGCUAAAAGCUGAACACGAUUCAAAUUCAGAAAAUUUAAAUUAUAUUUUAAUAAUAAUAAUAAUAAUAUUUAAAGAGGACUAUCUGAAUCAGCUUUACGUAAUCUGUAAAAACCUUUUAUAUCGCAAUAUGGAGUCCAGUUACGAAGCAGGUAUGAGCAUGGGUAAAUUCUAGAACUCGCGGCUUAACCUUUUCUUGGUGCUUAAGACUCCAUAUAUUUUUGUCAAACAAAAAUGCUAUAAAUAAUGCAACGUUUACUUUCCUUCGACUCGGAGAGAGAGACUCAGGGCUUCCGUCGCUCGUCGGGCCGAUCCUAGCCAUCUCUCAGGAUUCUGUUCGUGAUUGAGUGAUACAUGGGGUUCAAGGCGGUUUUUGCAUCACUGCAAGAUAUUUUUCCACAGAUUGAUCUGCGAAUAUUGAAGGCUGUCGCUCUUGAGCAUCCUAAUGAUAUUGAUGCUGCAGCUGAAUCUAUUCUUGUAGAAAUUCUACCCUCAAUUGCCACUUCUAACGAAUCAUCAUUCGCUCUACAAGAUGCAAAUGAAGUGGUUCGUGUCUCAACUUCAGAUGGAAAGGGUAAGCAGCCUAUGUUUUAUGAACAUCAAGAAGAGGAACGAACAUCAAAUCAUCUAUCUGGGAAUGAGCUUGUAGUUUGGGAAAAUACAGUUUCUAGUCAUGCUGAAAAGGGUAAGCAGACUAUGUUUUAUGAACAUCAAGAUGAGGAACAAACUUCAAAUCAUCUAUCUGGGAAAGAGCCUGUAGUUUCGGAAAAUACAGUUUCUAGUCAUGGUUCAACCUCUGCCUCUGCUAAUACAGGGUCACCAUGCAUUGUGGAAACAGAUGCUAGAGAUCCACAAGUUAGCCUUGCAAGUUACUCAAAGGAACUAGAGCAUCCAGCAUCAGAUAUUAAUGUUUUCAAGGAACUAAAUACAAAUUCCAACUCUGAAAGAAAUGUUAAAGUGAAUGGACUUGAUCUAAACCAUAGUGGAGUUUUUCCAUCGAAUCAAUUGUUUGAACCGUUUAUGGAUGCUCUUAAUGAUAUAAGUCAGGAAGAUAGUGUUCCCCUUGCUAGUUUCAAUCUUGCACAGGAAGAUGAAUGUCCUUUAGAGCAACCUAUCAUACAGCCAUCAAUUGAAAAUUCACAUACUGAGGCUAAUGGUAUGCAUGAUAAUAAUCAAACAUCAUAUGAUCAAGAUUCUUCAGCCUCUGCUUCAUUUAGUUAUGACCAACAUCCACAAUUGAAAUCAUUGGAUUUUGAUUUGAAUUCUAUGUCAAAGGACAAAAUUAUGUGUGAUGGGAGCUACUCUUUAAAUGGUUCCUUGGAACAGUCAUUUCAAAUUGAGCCUCUGAAUGCUCAGAACCUCUCUGAGUUGAAAUUGGAUGCUGCUGCUUUAGAUUGCAUUACCUCAGGUGGUGUUAAAGUUUGUGAAGUAGAUAAUUCCAAGGGUUAUGUUGUCAGUAAGUUUGCCACCGUCACAAGUGCAUUUGAAAACACACACUCUAAGUGUCCUGAAAAGGAUACGACUGAAUUCAUAUCUUAUGAGAAUGGGUUGCUACCUAAUGAUGACAGUCUACCAACAACUUUGAUUACACGAUCAGGCCAUUUUAUUGACAUUGAGUUUCUUGAGGGUAUGCUUUCUGAUGCUAAAGGCAAAAAGUUGUUGCAGGAAAGUUUGUCAUCUGCUGUGGAAUUAGCUAGUAAUUUGAUGAGAGAUGUGGAGCUACUGGAGGACAGGAGCAAGCAUGCUAAAGAGGUGGCUUCUAAUGCAGGCCAAGAUAUUCUAUCCAAGGCUGAGGAACUUAAGGUCAUGGUAGUACCAGCAAAGGAAGAAAAUGAUAAGCUUGCUGGAGUGAUUUAUGGUGAGAAAGCUAUAUUAGCUACUGAAACCCAAGAACUCCAGUCCAGACUGCUUAGUUUGUCAAAUGAAAGGAAUAAAUCUCUUUCAGUGAUUGAGGAGAUUCGUGAAACCCUUGAAAUACGCAUAGCUGCUAUGAAGGAGGAAAUUGCAGCAGCUGAACGAGAGAAGCUUGAGAAAGAAGCAGCAGCUCAGAGGGUUCUCAAUGAACAGGAAGCCAUCAUGGCUUCUAUAGUGGAAGAAUCAAAAAAACUGCAAGAAGAAACAGAAAAGAACUCUAAGCUGAGGGAGUUUUUGAUGGAUCGUGGCCGCAUAGUCGAUGCACUCCAAGGUGAAAUUGCUAUAAUCUGUGAAGAUGUUAUGCUGCUGAAACAAAGAGUCGACAGCGGUUUACCUUCUGGUCGAUCUGUGCUUGGGAUACCUUCCGGCUUGUCUGCUUCGUCGAGCUCAUCACAUGGUGGGUGCAAACAUUCAUCGUCGGACGUGCCAGUUCUUGAGCUCAAAGAUAGCACGGAGAACCUUUCAGUUCAUGACAAUAUCGCGGCGACACCUUCAAACGCUGAGGGUGACAAAUAUGUUAUUGAGCAUUCCAACGACGUUGACAUUGACUGGGAAAUUGUGAAAGAUGGUAUCUUCUGAAUCUUUCAAGAGUAGAGCUAUAGCUUGAUGCCUUGAUAUAUAGUUUUCUUUUUUUUAAAAAAAAUAAAUUGUCUUAUUUGAAUGUAAUUAAGUGUUCUUGUUUCCCAAACUUGCAUUAUGGCCUGUCGUUACUUUUGAUACAUGGAUGCAUAUAAAGAGUUUGACUUUGCCAUUCA